AUGGAUUUUGUUGCCAAUACUGACGAGCGGUUCAAUUGCUGCGAAAAGUUUAUGAAGUCGGCGCACAUCACCGACAUCGCCGACUACCAUCGCAUAUACAGCCUGUCCAUUCAGGAUCCCGACGCCUUUUGGCUCGGCAUCGCUGAGCAGUUUUAUUGGGAGAAUGGCAUCAAAAGUGAAAAAAUAUUUUCAUACAAUUUCGACGUCCAUAAGGACCCGAUUGACGUCCAGUUCAUGAAGGGCUCCAAAACCAACGCCUGCUAUAACCUGAUCGACAGGAUUAUCAAAUCAGGUUUGGGUGAACGGGUAGCCUAUAUCUGGAUCGGCAAUGAAUUGAAUGAACGAAAAACCAUAACAUAUAACGAGUUGAAGCGACGGAUCUGUAAAUUCGCAAAUGUCUUGAAAAAUCAGGGCAUAAAAGCCGGCGAUAGGGUCGCCAUAUACCUACCCGUGUCCAUUGAGCUGGUAGUGUCCAUGUUAGCCUGCGCUCGUAUAGGUGCCGUGCAUACUGUAGUGUUUGCCGGAUUUUCCUCACAAGCCUUAGCCGACAGAAUAAUUGACGCCAACUGUCGGCUAUUAGUGACGGCCGACGGCUCUGUCAGAGGAAAUAAAUUAAUUAAAUUGAAAGACAUUUCCGACGAAUCGGUGGUUAUUUGUAAGCAGAGAAACCACAACCUAUUGGCGUGUAUAGUGGUUAAGCACCUGUCCAUAGAUCUCAAUGACUAUAACAACAACCGGAGACACAAAUACAACCCAAAACACGACCCAACCCUCGACUUAUGGUGGGAUCAGCUCAUGUCUGACGCCAGUGACGACUGUCCCCCUGUAUGGCUGGACGCCGAGGACCCCCUAUUCAUACUCUACACGAGCGGAAGUACUGGAAAGCCUAAAGGGGUCGUACAUACCAUCGCCGGCUAUAUGCUGACCACAGCACUGGUAUUCAAGUAUGCCUUCAACUACAGGGAUGGGGACAUAUUUUUCUGUACGGCUGACUUGGGCUGGAUAACCGGCCACACGGCCAACGUGUACGGCUGUCUGGCUAACGGUGCCACAGCUGUUCUGUUUGACGGCAUACCUACCCAUCCCAAUGCCGACCGAUUCUGGCGUAUAAUCGAUGAGAACAAAGUGAACUCCUUUUAUACGGCGCCGACAGCUGUGAGGACUCUCAUGAAGUUUGGCGACGACUGUGUCACCAAAUACCCGAUGCCUGACCUCAGUCUCAUCGCACUGGUAGGCGAGCCCAUCAAUCGGGAGGCCUGGCUAUGGCUGUACCACGUGGUGGGCGCCGGGAAGUGCGCUAUUGUCGACACGUAUUUCCAAACGGAAACCGGUGCGCCUAUGAUAUUCCCGAUACCUGGCUGUAUACCUAUGAAGCCCGGGUCAGCUACCCUUCCCUUCUUCGGCAUAUUGCCCGUCAUUCUCAACGAAGACGGCAAAGAGCUCAGUGGCGCCAACACUGGAUACUUGGCUUUUAAGAACGCCUGGCCAUCGAUCGCCCGCACCAUUGAUGGCAAUCACGAGCGCUUCGAAACCACUUACUUCCGAAAGUUUCCCAAAUACUACUUCACCGGCGAUGGCGCUGUGCGGGACAAAGACGGCUACUAU